AUGCCUUCUUACAUGGAAAUAUUUCUGAAGAAGUUUAUAUGGAGCAGCCCUCGGGAUUUGUUGACUUACUCAAACCAAAUCAUCUCCGCUGAUUCUUCGCUCUUUAUAUGCCGUGGGUCUCAUGGCAUUGUACUCCUUCUCCUUUAUGUAGAUGAUAUCAUUUUGACUGGGGAUAACUCUGCUUAUUUAAAAGACUUCAUGUUGAAGUUGCAUCAGGAAUUUUCUAUGAAGGACUUGGGGUAUUUGCACUAUUUCUUAGGCAUUGAAGUGCAUCAAUUUCCAGGUGGACUCCUACUCAAUCCAAAGAAGUAUGCUGCCGAGCUUCUUGAUCAAGCGCAAAUGGGCAAUUGUAAACCACUUUCGACGCCAAUGGUUGCUAAACCUAGCCCUCCACCUAAUGGUAACUCUCCUUUCCCCGAUCCUCACCUAUAUCGCAGCAUAGUUGGCGGACUUCAAUACCUCACCUUUACAAGACCUGACUUGUCAUUUAGCGUGAAUUAUGUUUGUCAAUUUAUGCAUGCUCCCACAGAAUUCCACUUCCAGUUGGUGAAAAGAAUUCUUCGAUAUGUCCACGGCACUCUUGAUCAAGGUCUACGUUUACUAUCGUCUAAAUCACUUGAGCUAUAUGCAUUUUCGGAUGCUGAUCGACUGGGGUGGUUGUCCAACUACUCGACGGUCCACAACUGGAUUUUGCACCUUCUUGGGUGCUAA